AUGAAGAAAGUCGCACACGCGUGUUUUCCUCUAAAGCAAGACGGCUUUUCGAACUUCCUCUCUUUCUCUUUGACUCCCCCCUUCUCUCUCUCUCUCUCUCUCUCUCACACACACACGCACCUUUCUUAUUUAUCACGUACUUAUAACAUAGUUUCUUUCUUUUUUUUUUUUUUUCUUUCUUUCUUUCUUUCUUUCUUUCUUUCUUUCUUUCUUUCUUUUAAACUUUCUUAUAUUAGUCAAUUUCUUUUGUCUAAUUUUCCCUACUCUUUUUAUUUUUCGCUGCCCUUCGGUUUUUUACGUAAUUCUAAUUUGUUUCUUCUCCCUUAUCCUCGUUUUUCUUAUUCGUCCUCCCCUUCUUUUUUUUACUUCUUCGUCUCCUCCUCCUUCUUCUUCUUCUUUUUCUUCAAGUUUGUUUCUUCUCUUUUUUCUUAUCCGCCUUUUCUUACUCGUCACUACUCUCCUUCUUCUUACGUCUUCCUUUCUUCGUCAUUCUCCUUCUUCUCCUUCUCUUGCUUCUUAUUCUUCCUCCCUUCUUCCUUCUUCUUCUUGACACUCUUCUCUUUCUUAUCCCUCCUUUUCUUAAUCAAGUUCCUUCUCCUUCUUUUUCUUCCUCCACAUUCUCUUCCCCUUCUUCUCCUUCUUCUUCUUCCGCUGCCCUUCGGUUUUUUACGUAAUUCUAAGUUUGUUUCUUUCUUCCUUAUCCUCGUUUUCUCCUUCUUCCCCUUUUUCUUCUUCUUCUCCUUCUCCUCUUCUUCUUUACACUUCAAGUUUGUUAUCCUCUUUUUCCUCGUCCUUCUCCUUCUUCUUCUUCUUGACACUUCAAUUCUCCUUAUUCUCCUUCUCCUGCUUCUUAUUCUUCCCCUUUUUCUCCUUCUUCUUAUCCUCCUUCUUUCUUUCUUAUCCUCCUUUUCCUUUCCUUCUUCUUCGUCUCCUCCUCCUCCUCCACAUUCUCCUUCUCCUCCUCCUUCUUCUCCUUUUCCUUCUUCUUCUUCUUCUUCUUCUUCUUCUUCUUCUUCUUCUUCUAGGCACUUCAACAUCGUGUAA